GCAGCAGGUCGCCAUAAAACACACAUCUUCCUCCCGCAGAGCGAAGUGAGGUGACCGCAGGUGUCGUGGUCUGGGCGGGCUGAGGCGCGCCGCGGUGCCCUUGAGGAGAUUCUGGACUGCCGCAGGACAGAGAGGAGGAGUGGUAAAAGAAGAAGAAGAACAAAUGGCCAAGAAGAGGUGAUGGAGUGGAGCGUUGGAGGGGCUCGCUAAAUGACUGAAGCCGACCGAGAGUGAAGUUCAACCCCGCGGGAUCCGCUGGUUUUGCGGGAGAGCAGGUGUUUGUCUUUUAAGUUUUAAAAUGGAGUCCACGCACCUCCUGAGCAGCUCAAAGAAGAGAGUAAAGAUCCACCCUCACACUGUCACAGCCAAAUACGCCACGCACACACCCUACUCCCCUCAACCUGGAGUACACACACACUUCCCACAGCCUGGGGACGAAGGCUAUGAUGACGCUCCAUCUUUUGAGGACUUCGGCUCCUUCUUGGAGGAGACGUCAGACAGGAAACAGCUGACGGAGAGCAAGAGGUGGCCUUUGACUCUGUUUGGCUCCAAAGACAAGGACAAGGACACGACCAACAAACCUCAGGCUGCUGGGGGAGGAGAUGGGGGCGAGGGGGCAGCCAGAGCAGCGAAGGGAGCUGGGAGAGGGGUAGGGGAACAGCUGGCCAGUUUCGGGGAGGCUUCUGUGUCUGCUUCUCGGCUCACCUGGGUGGGGCUGGUCGGCGCGGCGCUGGCUCACGGCUGUUUGAUCGUUCUGACCCGCCUGGCCUCUGAACGCUUCAGCCUGGGCCCCCUGUUUCUGCUCUUGGUUAGGUCCAUUGUCCAGCUGCUCUCUGUGGCUGUACCACUGCACAGGGGGGAGAACCCUUUUGGACCAGAGGGCUAUCGUCUACGUCUGCUCUGUUACGGCAUCGCCUACUCCCUCUCGCUCUGCUGCGCCUACUCUUCCUUAACCUUCGUCUCUCCUGGUAACGGCACGACAACCUGGCGCCUGGCAACCACGGCGCUGUCAGCGACGCUGGCCUUCCUGCUCCUGGAGGAGAGGCUGGGAUUGGCUGAUGGGAUCACCAUAGCUGCAGGACUGUGUGGUUUGGGGCUCGUGUUGCUUCCCGCAGCAGACGAGAGCAAUAUAGAUUCACCAACUGACCCGGUUGUGUUCUGGAGGGGUGCUUUUGGCUGGUCUCUUUCGGCUCUUGCUGGGCUGUGGAUGGCACUGGCGCUGGUUGGGUAUCGUUCCCUGAAGGAGAGGGUGGGAGUGGGCACAGCUUUGUUCACAGUAAGCUGGACGGGCUGCCUGCUCACCCCGGCCUCCUUGGCUCUGCUCCAGGAGGGCUGGUCCUGGCCUAUGAGUGCUCCAGCUUGGGGCCUCGUCCUGGGCCUGGUUGCCUGCUCGGUUGCAGCCUUUCUGGGGAUGACGCACGCCCUCACCCGACUCCACCCAGCUCUGGUCUCCGCCUCUCAGAGCCUGGAGGUACCCGUUGCCAUGCUGCUGCAUCUGGCCGUGCUGCCAUUGGCUCCCACUGCGGCGGAGGUCGUCGGGAACGUGAUGGUCAUACUGAGCGUCGGUUGGCUUGUGGCAAUGAAGCUGCUACCUUCUCGUGGGGGAGGGCGCCGCCAGAGGGAGGAGUAUGAGGAGAUUCUGGACUCGCCCAUUAAAUAGACAUAUCUCCUCUCCUCUUCACACCUCCUCUGUCUCUUCCCCUUAGUCCCUCCUACAUGAGAUUGGUUCCAGUGUAAAUAAGAGACUGCUAAAUGUUUAUUGGAGCUUUAUCUAUUUUGUAUUGUCUUCUUUGCUUUUGGGAAAGUGCCAAUAUUGUGUUGUCUGUUAUAGUGACUAUGUGA